AUGGAUAUGGAAAAAUUUGGAGAACUGAUGAAGGCAAAACUGGGUUCAUUUCCAGAGUUUGAGGGAAUUUGUUAUCCACUCGCACAUCCUUUCAGAGAAAAAGGAGCGGAGAAGGUUUUACAAGACAUAUUUCACAUUCAGUCUAGAGUUUCGGAUAUUAUGAUCUGCACAUAUCCAAAAUCAGGAACACAUUGGAUCAAUGAAGUGAGCAACAUGUUGCUUCGAAACAAAACAGAGUUGGAUAGCGUUAACAAAGUUAUGACGAUAAUAGAAUUUAUUCCUGAUCUCACAGUCCUAGAUGAACUGCAAUCACCAAGGCUACUAACCACCCACUUCUUAUUUAGAUAUCUUCCAAAAGGUCAGUAUGGGUCAUGGUAUAAUCAUGAGAAGGAACUGGAAAAAGCAGAGAAAGACUAUCCUGGCAUAAUAUUUACAUGUUAUUAUGAGGAAUUAAAAAAGGAUACUAAUAGAGAGAUAAAAAAAUUGGCUGAUUUCCUAAAUAUACAAUGCACAGAAUCCACCGUAGAAGAUAUUGCUAAAGCAACGUCCUUCCAGAAUAUGAAACAACAUAAGAUAGAUGAUACGAAAGAUCUUGAUGGAAAAGGCUUCAUUUACCGAAAAGUUUUUAGCAUAGAAUAUUAG